UCGAGGAUGGAUUUGGGCCUUCCUCACUUUUUAGGGGGGGAAAUAAAUUAACAAAUAAGAAUAGGGAGGGGGAAAAAUAGAAACUGGAUAUUACGGAUUGCAUAUAUAUAUAUAUAUAUAUCUAUAUGGAAUUAAAUAUUUGGAUGGAAGGAGGAUCGUUCCCUUUCUUCUUCUUCUUCUUGGAGAGGAGAAACGACCCGGAGCUGGAAAGAUGCAGAGAAGCACCGUUUCUGGAUUGAUUUUUUAAUUAUUAUUCUAAUACAGAUUAGGGAGAAAAUGCCUUUAUUAUUUUCCCUACCUCAAAGUAUUCGCCUGCCUAUUGGAUACCUCCAAAUUUUGACUGGGGGGGUGGGUAAAAUUCGCCAUUUGGGGGUCCUGAAGGCGACCAAAGAGAAGAUGGAGGGAAAGAACGAGAAAAAGGGGGUCUUCUGUGGGUCAAAAAGACCCCUUUUUGCAAAGAAGGGCCACGAUUUGCCCCAAAGCGUUCCGACGGUCCUUUUUUCCCUAUGUCUUUCAAUAGACCCCAAAUCCUUUAUUCCGAAACCUUAGCACCUUUAUUCCCAAACCAGAACUUUAGAAGGCUUUCGAUGGGGAGGAAAGUCCCUUUCUUAAAUGUAUAAAUCCCCCCCAAAGUCCCCAAAGUCCCCUCCAGGUGCGAAAAAGCAAAGGAAGCAAGAGAUGGAGAGGAAGCUUUGACGGAGCCAUCGCUUAUUAAACCUUCCUAGAUGGAUAAUAUAAUGUAAUGUAAUGUAAUAUAGUACUGUAUAAUAUAAUCUACUUCUGGGGGGAUAAAUAAUGCCCCUGAGGCGUUAGAGAGAGAGAGAGAGAGAGACAGUGUGACGUUUGUUUAAAUGUGUUUUAACGGCAACGUCCGACUCUCUUGAAACGAACGGGCGGCGUUUGAGUCGGAACCGUUUUCUCCCGAAAUUGGUGGGAUUGCUUCCCAAAAUUAAAGUGUUUUGGAAAGCUGCUCUGGAUUUGGAUUUGGGGGUUCAAUUGUUUUCUUUUUUUGGGGGGAACCCAAUUAGAAUCGGAUUGAGGGACCUAUUUGGAAAAGGCAGGGAAACCCAACUAGUCUGGAUUUGGAUUUUGGAGGUUCAAUUCUUUCCUUUUGGGGGGGAGGGAGGACCGACUUGGAAUUAGAUGGGGGACCUAUUUGGAAAAGGUAGGGAUUCUUUCCUUUUUGGGGUGAACUGGAAUUGGAUUGUGGGGCUAUUUGGAAAAUGCAGGAACAUCCCUCUGGUCUGGAUUUGGAUUUGGGGUUUCAAUUCUUUUAUUUUUGGGGUGGGAAUCCCAUUUGGAGUUGGAUGGGGGUUCUAUUUGGGAAAAGCAGGGCUCCCCAACUGGUCUGGAUCUGGAUUUGGGGGUUCAAUUCUUUCCUUUUCGGAAGAAACCCAAUUGGAGUCGGAUGGGGGGGACCUAUUUGGGAAAGCCAGGGAUGCUUAACUGGUGUGGAUUUGGGUCUGGGGGUUCCUGCUCCCAUUCUCUCCUCUUUCUGCCCCCCUUCCCACCCCCCGAAAGAUGCUAUAGACCCCGACAAGGAGAGCCCCGGGUGCAAAAGGCGGCGGACGCGGACCAACUUCACCGGUUGGCAGCUGGAAGAGUUGGAGAAAGCCUUCAACGAAAGCCAUUAUCCGGACGUUUUCAUGCGGGAAGCCCUGGCCCUGAGGCUGGACCUGGUCGAAUCCAGAGUGCAGGUCUGGUUCCAGAACCGUCGGGCCAAGUGGCGGAAGAAGGAGAACACCAAGAAGGGCCCGGGCCGCCCUGCCCACAACUCCCACCCGACCACCUGCAGCGGGGAGCCGAUGGACCCGGAGGAGAUCGCGCGCAAGGAGCUGGAGAAGCUGGAGAAGAAGAAGCGCAAGCACGAGAAGAAGCUGCUCAAGAGCCAGCAGCGGGGCCUCCACUCCCCGGGCGCCCUCUCGGCCCACAGCAGCACCCAGAGCUCCGACUCCGACUCCGGGGGCGGCGGGGGAUGCGGGGGCGUCGGAGGGGGAGGCCUCUCCCCGGAGCCCCCGGGCCUCGAGGCCCCCAAGCUCCGGACGCCUUCCUCGGGCCCUUCCUCCUCCUCCUCCUCGGCUUCCCUCCCUUUGGACCCGACGGCGCCUUCGGCUUUCUACCGGGGCUGCAGCGGGGGGCACCGAGGGCCCCUCCAGAAGGACUCCGGGCCCCUCCUCCUCCCGGAAGGCGGCCCUCUUCCUCUUCCUCAUCCGCUUCCGCUUCCCCUUCCUCCCUCCUCGACGGCGGGGCCCAAGCCCAGCCCCUUCAGCGUGGAGAGCCUGCUUUCGGACUCCCCCCCGCGACGGAAAGCGGGGCCCCCGCUGGAGUUCCGCUCCGCCUCGCCCUCCUCCUCCUCCUCCCCGGCCCUGGGCCCCCCCUCCUCCUCCGCCUCCUCCCCGACGGCCAGGGCCCCCCUCCUGGGCAAGGGCCACUUCCUGCUCUACCCCAUCACCCAGCCCUUGGGCUUCCUGGUGCCCCAGGCCGCCCUCCGCAGCCCCCUCGACCCAGCCCCCUCCCCGAUCCCCCCCCCGGCCUCCGACCCACCGCCCCAAGCCAAAAGCAGCCCCGGGAGCCGCUCGGAGGAGAGCAGCCUCGGAGGCGCCUCGGCCUCGAAGAAAGGAGCCCCGACGGCGGCGGCGGAGGCCACUGGGGACCCCUUGCCCCCCAGGCCUGCCUCCCCUCCCGCCCUUUCGCCUCCUCCUGCUUCCUGCCAGGCGGACUGCAAGAGCAGCGGCAAAGGCAAAGGCAGCCUCAGCCUCGGGGGCCCCGUCGAGGCUCCGCCGAAGAAGCCCUCCUCGCCGCCGGAGACCGAGAGGAGAAGCAGCAGCAGCAGCAGCCGAGAAGCCAGCCCUGGAGACUGCGAGGAGGACACUACCUUGCAGAGAUGUUCGUAA